GUAGGUAGCUUGAGAACAACUGUAUGUAAAGUACCUUAUUGGAUGCGAUAAUUUUGUACGCCAGUUGGCAAUAAACAUCUUGGACUGCGCACUCGUGUUUCAUUGUAAAUAUUACAGUGGCGACGAGGAUAAAACGAAAGACGUGCGGGUGUGAUAUUUGUGCGUUGUGCAGUCGUUAGGGUGUUGCACGGUGUUUACACUUGUUUACGUUCGAGAUGUCGGUGGGACUAAUCGGCGCUUUUGAAAUGCGGAGUGCUGCGUGGGCGUCUUACGUGGACCGGCUCGAGAUGUACUUCGUUGCCAACGGAAUCAAGCCGGAGGUUCAGCUGCCGACAUUGAUCGCAGUUAUGGGAGAGGAAGCCUAUGAGCUCUUAGUAAAUUUGGCCAGCCCCAGGAAACCUUCUGAGCUCAAGUUCAAGGAGGCGGUGGAUUUAAUGCAACAACACUUGGAACCGACGCCUUCCGUGCUGGCCGAACGAUAUAAGUUCAGGCAGCGCAGACAGACCACCGAGGAAAAUGUAUCGGAAUACGUGGCGGAACUCAAGAAAUUAUCGCGGUACUGUGUGUUUGGAAGCAACCUCAACGAGAAUCUGCGCGAUCAAUUUGUGUGUGGCCUCCGCAGUGAUGUCAUACGGCAGCGCCUAUUCGCCGAAGACGACUCUUUGACCUAUACGAAAGCAGUUAAAAUAGCAAGCACGUUGGAAGCGGCAGAGCGGGAUUCGGCGGCAGUUGAGAAGCCUCUGGACGGUGGCAGUCAAGCAAUACAAGCAGUGAAUGCGAUAAGUCAUGGCGGUGAGCGUGGUGUUCUUCCUAGGGUAAUAAGAGGCAAGGGAGCGCGGGACGGCGCACCUGGUUUGCGUGGCGGACAGAGCGGACAGAGCGGGUCAGUAGGUGCGGAGAGGUGGCGUGGCGGUGCGGCCGCAGGCGAGAGGGACGGAGGCCGGUAUGCAGUUUGUACAGGCUGCGGGUCGUCGGAUCACCGGUAUGCAGUAUGUCGGUUCCGUAAUUAUAUGUGCAGCUGGUGCAGGCGGAAGGGUCAUUUACGGCGCGCGUGUCCCGAGCGCGGCGGACGUGGCUCCGGCGGACGGCGGGCCGGCGACCGUGCCGAGCUGAAUUACGCGGGAGCAGAAGACCUCGGCGAGGAGAGCCUGGAGGAGAACUUCCACCACCUCUGCCUCAACGAUUACAGACCGGUAUAAGGAAUUAUUCAGUGGCGGACUCGGUCGCUUUACGGGUGGCCAGGCGACGCUGCGCGUGCGGGAGGGGGCAACGCCGGUAUUCCACCGUGCGCGGCCACUGCCGUACGCGCUGCGCGAGCGCGUCGACGCCGAGCUGGAUCGCAUGCUGCGCGACGGCGUCAUCGAGCCCGUCGACUGCUCCGACUGGGCCUCUCCUCUAGUACCGGUAAAUAAAGCGGACGGAUCCUUGAGGGUUUGCGCUGACUACAAGGCAACGUUAAAUCCGGUUUUGCAGAUCGAUCGCUACCCCUUGCCGCGGAUCGAGGAUUUAAUGGUUAGGUUAAGCGGGGCUUGCUUCUUUUCCAAGAUCGAUUUGUCGCAGGCUUACAAUCAGAUUGAACUAGACGACACAAAAAAAUACACCGUUAUCAAUACGCACAGGGGGCUAUAUAGGUAUAAUAGGCUCGUUUACGGCUUGGCGUCCAGUCCGGGAAUUUUUCAGCGUAUAAUGUGCAAUCUGUUAAGGGGAAUUCCAAAUGUGGAGAUAUUUUUAGACGACGUGAUCAUAGGCGGUAAAACAAUUAGCGAGCAUUUGGAGGCAUUACAAGAAGUCUUUAGCAGACUACAUAAUUCGGGUCUCAA